AUGUCGCUGCUUGACAGUAAAGUGCAGCACCCUCUGCUGGACGCAAGCGAUGAUCUACCUCCGAUUAAGGACGACCCGGUCCAGGAAUUCUUUGUCAUCAAGCAGGAGGCAAACCUGGAUGUGAACUUUCGCGAGAGAAAAAUCGCUGGCACCGUCGACAUCUACAUUGUCAUCUUCUCAGACAAGGUCGAGGAGGUACAUCUUGAUGCCGCCCACUGCGAAAUCGACACCGACAAUGUCAUUCUUACCGAGAUGCGCGAGGCCCACGGUGAAGCGAUAGAAGGGCAAAAACGAAAGGCAGUCGUCGAAUACGAGGACCCCUACAAGAGGCUCUCUCAUCCCACCAGCUGGAGAUGGAAAGCCGAACAUCACGAUCUGCGGCGGAAGAGAGCCCGAAACGUCUUUCACAACCGAAAGACUGAUGUCCCCGCCGAGAAUAGAGAGAUCGAGGGAUGCACACCAGUCUACGGAUCGUUAAAAAUUAGUCUUCGAGGAGGGAAAGAAAGCGAACGGCCCAAGUUGAUUAUCAGGAAAUCUACGUCAAACCUCGAUGGCAUCGACAAGGGCCACAAGCAGUUCAAAAUCACCAUACCGUUUACGAAUAAGAACCCUCGCGAUGGACUGCAUUUCGUCGGAGUUGACGCUCUUGACAAUCGAUACACGCACAUGUAUACUCGACAUUCAAUCCAACCAGGUACUGCGUGUAUCUUCCCCUGCGUCGACGAUCACGGUGCCCGAUGUGACUGGAGGAUAUCCAUUCGAUUUCCACGGACUCUUGGAGACGCGCUUGACCAAGCAUUGGCUACGCAAAAGGAUACCAUGGGAAAUGGCGUCGACAAGCCGCAUGAUCACGAUGAUCGUAAGACGAUGCUCGCGGAAGAGGACAAGCUUCGAGAAAUGACUGUCGUUUGCUCAGGGUUUCUCAUGGAGGAGACUAUCGACCCCCAAAAUGACCACAAGAAGAUUAUGACAUUUGAGCCGGAGAAGAAGGCGUCAGUGCAAAAGCUGGGAUUUGCCAUUGGCCCGUUUGAGCAUAUCGAUUUGUCGUCUGAAUUUAGAACAGAGGAGGAUGAAGUGAAGCUCGGCACGAGUGCGCUCAAGGUCCACGCCUACUGCUUGCCUGGUCGUGGUGACUGGGUACGCAAUACAGGCGCAGCCCUGACAAUGGCAGCAGACUUUUUGACGUAUACGUUUGCCAAAUAUCCCUUUGGCAAUUUCAAAGUUCUGUUCCUCGAGGAUAUGGUCGAAGACACUGUGCCGUUGCACUCUCUGGCAUUUAUAAGUACUCGCCUACUCUUUCCAGAGGACAUUAUCGACACGGAGAUCGAGACAACCAAGAAAAUUGUCUUCACGCUGACGUACCAGUGGAUUGGAAUUAACAUGAUACCCAAUACUCGAAAUGACCUCUGGCUUGUUUUGGGCAUUGCCCACUACAUGACGGACUUAUUCAUGAAGAAGCUCUGUGGCAACAACGAACACCGAUUUCGCAUGAAAAUCAUGUCGGACAAACUGGUGGAUGUCGACAUUGACCGGCCGUCACUAUUCGAUCUGGGUCCAAACUUGCAUUUGGGUGAAUUUGAAAUGGAUUUCAUGUCCUUGAAAGUGCCAGUGGUCUUCUUUAUUCUUGACAAACGAAUGAUCAAAGCCUCUGGCGGCCAUGGCCUGACUAGAAUCCUGCAAAAGUUCCUGACCAAAGCCCAGAUUGAAAGUAGCGACAGGUCAACAAUUCUUGAUACGGAGAAAUUCAGGGCGGUGUGCGAAAAGGGUUCCCGUUACCGGUUAGAGGCCUUUUGGAAUCAGUGGGUAUACGGCUCAGGCUGUCCCAGAUUCGAUGUCAAGGCCAAGUUCAACAAGAAGAGGCUUUGCGUGGAGUUGACGCUUAAUCAGAUUCAGCACCAGGUAGCCAAGAAAACUAUUGGCUUGGAAAGGGACGACUUUCUUCGGGUUGUCAAAGAGCGACGAGCUGGCAUGAAGCUGGGAGAGGUACAGCCAUUGUUUACGGGACCUAUGACUGUGCGGAUCCACGAGGCUGAUGGAACCCCUUAUGAGCACAUACUUGAGAUCCGAGAGGAUGCGACCCGAUCAACAAAAUUUGAAAUUCCUUACAACACCAAAUACAAGCGGCUGAAGCGGACAAGGCGCAUGAAAGAGAAGCACAGUGGUGGCGGAAGUAUGGAGAUUACAGAGAACGCGGACGACGCUCUGCUUUAUUGUCUUGGAGAUGUGCUUCAAACCCCUGAUGAUCUCAGGGACUGGGAACUAAUAGAAUGGGACCCCGAAACGGAACGAAAGAUGGACCAGGAAUCUUACGAGUGGAUACGUGUUGAUGCGGAUUUUGAGUGGGCGUGUGAUAUGAAGCGCACUCUCGAGCCGUACAUGUAUGUCUCGCAACUUCAGCAAGAUAGGGAUGUGGUUGCGCAGCAGGAUGCCAUGCUCUAUCUGGCGAACGGGCCGCUUCAUCCUAUUGCCUCUGGCUUCCUCGUCCGGACCCUGAUCGACAAGAGAUAUUUCCACGGCAUUCGGACCAUGGCUGCCGAGGCAUUGCCACGGCAGUCAAAUAUCAAGGACAUCCCAUUGUUGGGCUUGAGGCAGCUCAUGAGGGCAUUCCGGGAAAUGUUCUGCUACCAGCAGACCAACCAGCCGUACCCGAAUGAUUUCACCGACAAGAAACAGUACAUGGUUCGACGUGCGGUGAUCAAAGCCAUCUCCGAAGUCCGUGACCACACAUACCGCUGCCCCCUGGAAGCUCGACAGUUCAUCUUGGAUCAGCUCCUGUUCAACAACAAUGAAGACAACCCUUACUCUGACCACUUCUACAUUGCAGCACUAGUCGAAGCCUUGGCCACCUCUCUCAUCCCAUCUAAAAAGGACGACUGGCUCUCCCGCCAGAGCAAAGCUCUCGAUGAGGACGAGCGACAAUUCUUGGAGCGGGCCAUGGAACAAAUUGAACGAGUCCUGCGCCGUGACGAGUGGACCAACUCAUACCGAAAUGUGUGGACCAUUGCUGGUUUGGACGCAAAGCAGCGGCUGAUGAAGGCAGAGGUCAUCCCCAAGAGCUACGGUGAUUUUGCGCAAUAUUUGCUGGACGGGACUCGAGACCUGAUUCGCAUCAAAGCCUUUGAAGCGCUCAUCGACCUGGGUGCCAUGAUGGAUCCAACUGUCUUCACUUUCUUCCUGUAUGCACUCAUGACAGACAGAUCUCCAUUUGUUCGCAACAAGCUCAUACAAGCCAUGGCAAGUGGUCUUGCCGCAAUCGCCUUUGGAGAGCAUUCCACGAUCGUUAAGAACGAACCGGCCACUAACGAUGCGGACGAGACGCUUCUCUUGGUACAGGAUAGUGCCCAAGAAAUUGAGGCGAGAAAGGAAAUGUUUGCCCGCAAAGAAAAUCUGGACGCUGCUUUGAAGGCUCUCCGAAAAGAAAUGGACGAGAUGUACGUCAAGGAUGAAAGACAUUACAGCAACGCAAUGCGUAAAGCGCUUGACCAUCCCAGCCUUGGACGGACCGAGGUUGAGAACUUGCUAGAUCUUGCAGCCAUGAUGUUCGAAGAGGCCGAAGGUUGGGUGCUAACGCUUAAUCUACCCAAGGCCUGGAAGGUGGAGAGGUCGGCUCAGAAGUUGGCUGACCGACUCAUCUUGAAGUUCAAGUCUCACUACAAGACGCAGCCAAAGCAUCCCAUCUCUUUCCCUGCAGCAGUCGAAGCCCCGCGACCGGCUCCUCUUCCCAGAACAUCAUCUAUCAAGAUCAACACAGGCAAGGCUUCUGCAUCUCAGAGGCCGACACCUGCACCAGCAAAGAGUGAAGUCGACACAAUUGUUGCAGCUUCAGUACCACAUAUUAAUGGGACGAGUAAGACAGAUAUUGGCGGUGUCUCAACCCCGGCGUCGGCGGCACCGAAACGACCUCGGCCAGAAAAUGCACACGGCACGCCGUUGCCAAAGCGUCCAAGGACCGAGUCAUCCACAACUAACGGCGAUAAGCCUUCCAAGAAGAGACGUAUAGUGACAUUGAAAACUGGUAAUUCCAAGCGUCUGGCUGUCAUUCUUGGAGUUCCACUCGGAUCCUCGUCAGGUGUUAGAACGGCUCUCCCCACGGGAGCCCCCAAGGAACCGUCGCCAGGAAGCGCACCAAAAGACAGCAUCACUGCCAAACCCAGGAAACCGCUUCCUUCGGGCGAUGGUGUGCGCAAACCGCUGCCGGGCAGCGCUUCUCCGGCUCCUCAAUCAACGCCAAAGGUCACUAUUGACACAAAAGUUGCCACACCGUCCGUUGGGAAGGCCCGCAGCCCUCCUGCCUCGGCGACACCAGUCAGUGCAAGGCCAAAGAUCAAGAUUAUCCGAAAGCCGCAACCACCACCCGCAUCUUAG